AUGUCACAAAGAAAAUAUCGAAAGGCUCAAGCCGAAUCAAAGCCGGCAACAACCAACCAUGAUAACGAUACUAUUGUGGUAGCUGCUGAUACACCACAAAGAUCAACAUCGAAUGAUCCAGUAUCAUCUCCAAUUGAACCAUCUGUGGUGCCAAAAUCAGCACGAGCUUCACCAUUUGAAAUAAAACGCUCUUGCAGUGCAUUUCCGACAUUGAAUGACUCAAUGAGAAAUUUGUCUAUUGAAACAGCAUCAGCGUCCGCAAAAGAUUCUCGUUCCCAAAGUGUUCGUCAAGUGAUACGUAAUCGAACAUUAUGCUCAGCAGUGCCUGAGUCAGCCGUAUUAAAACCAGUUCCUCGUCCUGAUGAAGGUGGUUCAAACGGUCAAAAAAUAUCUCUCUAUACUAAUCAUUUCCGUGUUAACAUCAAUGACGCUGUCGUUUAUCAAUAUGAUAUUGACAUUGUGAUGAUCGGUCGCGAUGGUAAAGCACGUCUGACACGAAAAGACGACCGUUGGGAAGUGAUACAAUUAUUUGUUAAACAAAGGAAAAAUUUUCCUAUAGUCUGGUACGACGAAGGAAAAACGUUAUAUUCUCGAGAAAUGUUGCCUGAUUUGACAUUGCCUAUUCAGAUCGUAUUGGAAAAAGACAAUGAAAGGAAAGUCUUUCAAUUGAAAAAAUUAGUUCUUGUUCGGCAAGAUAGAAUUCAAAAUAUUUUUAAUUUUAUUGAAAAGAAAGUAAAUAUUCGACCACGUGAAACAGUUCGAAUUAUUGAAACACUUUUCAAACAGCGUGCUCGAAAUGAGCUAAUCGCUAUUCGAAAUCAGUUUUAUGAUCGACGUCGACAGCUUGAGGAUCUUGGUGAUGGUCGUGGUAUGGCAAGAGGUUUUUAUCAAGCUUUAUUUCUCACACAAGGUGGACCAACACUCAAUAUUAAUUUAACCUUUACAUGCUUUUUUAUGCCAUUGAGUUUUAUUGAUUUUGCUUCCAAAUACUUACGAAAAGAUGUUACCAAAGGUUUGCAUGAAAGAGAUUUAAAAGUAUUUGAACAAAUCAUUCGCAAUUUAUCCAUUGAAACAAUGCAUACUGGUCGAAGAAUUUUCUAUCGAAUACGUGGUUUUGGUCGUCCUGCUAAUCAACUUAUGUUUCGUUGCGGUAGAGAUGAUGAACAAGUAGCAAGUGCUGUUGCCAUAAAAGAGAUUAGUGUUGCAGAUUAUUUUGCUGAUAAAUACAGAAAACUUAUGUAUCCGCACUUACCUUGCAUCAACGCCAUGAAAGGAGCUGAAAAGAAACCAAAUUGGUUACCUAUGGAAGUUGUCAGAAUAGUCGAAUGGCAACGUGCAUUAAAACCAUUGGACAAACAACAACGAGGUCUUGUUUCUAGAAAUACGAUCAUCAAACCAGAACAACGUUACUCUGAAAUCAUGAAAAUUGUACGUAACAAUCAGUUCGAUAGAGAUCCUUAUCUCAAAGAACUGAAUAUUCGUGUUGACGAUAAAGAAAUGCUUGAAAUCAAAGGACGUGUACUCUCGCCUCCAGAAAUCAGAUAUCGUCGUCGUGGUCAAGGUGAAAUCAUCGAAUCUGUUAAUUGUGGCAAAUGGCGAAUUCAAAAUUGGUUUUAUACAACAUCCCAAAUCAAUUCAUGGGGAAUGAUUUAUUUUGGUGAUACAUCUAAUGGAUAUACUGAGGAUAUAGUUAGCAAAUUUCAAAAUCGACUACCCAAUCUACUUAGACGUAGUGGUUUUGUAAUUAAUACCGAAUUAUCAUUGACUAUAAAGAGUUCAUAUGAAAAUGACAUUAAUAGUACUUUACGUGAUGCUAGUAGACAACGUUGGCAAUUGGCUAUUGUUAUUAUUAAUAGUCGUAAUUCAGACGUUGUCUAUAAUCUUGUUAAAAAGUAUGCCAAUACAAAGAUUGGCUUGAUGACUCAAUGUGUUAAUUUCCAAGCUUUGGAACGAAACAUGAACAAACUUGAAAUGUAUGUUGAAAAUAUAAGUCAAAAAAUUAAUGGAAAAUUAGGUGGUAUUAAUGGCGUCAUCAAUAUUAAAUCAGCUCUUAGUCGUUCUUCCAGAGAAGAUCUUUUUAUGUUCUUUGGAGCUGAUGUAACUCAUUCAACUUGCUCAAUUGAUUAUCCGUCAAUAGCAGCUGUCGUUGGUUCACGAGAUUUGACAAACAGUCUAUAUGCUGCUCGACUUUGUGAACAAUAUCCUAAAAAGGGUCGUUGUUCACUAGAAAUUAUAAAAGAAUUAGACACAAUGGUUAUUGAUUUACUUCGAGUAUUUGCUAAUUCAUGUGGUGAUCGUCUUCCAAAUAAAAUUGUCUUCUAUCGAGAUGGCGUAGACGAAGGACAGUAUCAGAAAGUACUCGAUAAUGAAGUUAAUAAAAUAAAAAAUGCAUGUCGCAUUGUUUAUGGUAAAGAACCUUUACCGCAAUUAGCCUUUAUUGUUGUGAAAAAACGUCAUAAUACGCGUUUCUUUCUAUAUGAUGGUAAUCAAACAAUCAAUGUUCAAGCAGGUACUGUUAUCGAUCAGAAUAUAAUUCAUCCAUCUCAGUUUGAUUUUUACUUAUGCUCGCAAGCUGCAAUAAUGGGUACAUCACGACCAGCUUUGUAUCAUGUUCUUCAUGAUGAUAUUGGAUUUAGUAGUGAUGAUAUUCAACAACUUACCUAUUGGCUUUGUCAUACGGAUAUGCGUUGUACUAAAUCAGUUUCAAUACCAGCUCCUGUUCAUUAUGCUCAUUUAGCAGCUUAUGCAUCACGAGCACUUAAAUUUGGCGAAGAUCAGGAUAGAGAAAGUCUUGAUGAAAAUAAUGAAGAACCUGAAAGUUAUUCACUUGAUGAUAUUAAGACAAAAGUAAUGGUACUGAAUGAAAAAAUCACUGAUGAUAUGUGGUUCAUAUAA